AUGAGGAUGCUCGAGGAACUCACCAAGAGAAUCAAGUCUGGGGAGAAAAAAAUUGUGGGUAAUGACAAAAAGGUGGAGACUUAUAACUCUCGUGUUGAUCAAAUACCUGAGACACCCCCGGUCUUGAAAGGUUUGGAUGCCAAGAAAUUCAUACAAAAACCAUUCCCUCCGAGUGCGGCUCCAAAGCCCAUUCCUAAAAAAAUUCGUAUGCCCGAUAUACCCAAAUACAAUAGGAUAACCGAUCCUAAUGAACAUAUUAUCUCAUACACUUGUGGGAUUAAAGGAAAUGACUUAAAUGAUAAUGAGAUCGAGUCAGUAUUGUUGAAAAUAUUUGGGGAAACUUUUUCAAAGGGAGUCUUUAUUUGGUAUCACAACUUGCCACCGAACUCUAUCAAUUCGUUUGCUAUGUUAGCAGACGCCUUUGUGAAAGCACAUGUCGGGACCAUAAAGGUUGCGACAAGGAAAUUGGACGUUUUUAAGAUAAGACAGAGGAAUGAUGAGAUACUAAGGGAGUUUGUGUCCCGAUUUCAAAUGGAGCGAAUGGAAUUACCACCGGUCUCGGAUGAUUGGGAGAUACAAGCUUUUAUGCAGGGGUUGAAUGAUCGGAGUUCGAUCGCAUCACGACAGUUGAAGCAUAAUCCGAUUGAAUUGGCAGUUAAGUCCUCGAGGGAUACGGAUAGGGAACCAAGAUCAAAUAGGGAACGCUAUCAGCCAUAUGUCGAUCGGAGAAACAACUAUUCGGAGCAUAACGCUCCUCAGAACGAUCGAAGAAAUGAUCGAGGUCAAAGCUCUCGAGGACUUAUGAAUGAGAACGGUUUUGAUAAACACACCGAUCUCGUGGCACCUUGGUUGUCGGAGUAUAAUUUUAGUGUAGAUGCAUCGGGGAUUGUGUCAGCUAUUGGAAGAAUCAAAGACAGCUGGUGGCCCACGCCUAUACAAACCAAUCCUUCUCAAAGGAAUCGAAACUUGAUAUGUAAAUAUCAUGGCACACAUGGCCAUAAGACCAAAGACUACAUGCAGCUGAGGGAGGAGGUAGCUUGA